UAGAUUUCAAUGUGACAGUGACGUUAAACCUCUAAAAACCCCUAAAGCUCGGUCGUCGUCGAAAAAUUGACAAAAUUUAUGUAACCACAGCAAAUUAUUCGUUUUACAGAUUAUCUACAGUAGACCAUAACACAAACUACACAGAACAGAUACUGCAAAAUGUCAUGCCUAACAAAUGGUUUUUCUGACUCAACGUCCCCAACAACAGCUGUUCCCAUUGGUGCUAACUCGACUACAACAACUGCUUUAGAUAGUUUUAUAUCGAGCAUAUUAUCGGCUGUGACAAUAGACGAACCCAAAUUAUGCACUAGCUGCGAAGACGGUGCUACCGCGAAAUCGAAGUGCAUUGACUGCGGCGUGGAUCUGUGUGAUCGCUGUGUCAAACUCCAUCAAAGAUCUUGCUCCACCAGGAACCACAGGAUCUCGAGGUUAAGUUGGCCCUCCAACGACAGCGCCAUCUCACUACCGCAAAACGCACUAAACGGAAUGGCAGGAGAUCCAUCGCAGAUGCAAUUACAAUUGCAUCUGUCGGCUUUGUUACAGAUGAGCGCCAAUUCUGCAGGUCCGUCUUCCUCCAUGUCCUUAACCCAGCCAAACAGCAAUGCCUUGGUGCCCAGCAGCCUACCACCUCAGCCCAUUGGGCCACCUUCGCACAAUUACAUGCUCAGCCUGCCCAGCGCGUCUUCUCCACUCAGUGGCAGCGGCACCAGUGGAAUCAGUUCCUCGUCGCCGAAUUACACGCUCAGGCCCAGCUCGGCUUCCACUCUCAGUGGCGGCACUGGAGGCAAUACGAUGCAUAUCUGUGAUAUCCAUAAGGAACCAUGCAGACUGUUUUGCCAAUCAUGCUGCGCCCCGGCGUGUACGGAGUGCGUGCUGAACGACCACCAUCACGGACACCAGUUGACCUACAUCGAGGAGGCGGCGGACACGGCACGUCAACAAGGCAGGCGAUUGGCUGCCGAGGCGAGGGUGGCCAUUGCCAGUUUAAGGGAGGUGGCGGACAAUGUGGAAAGGACGGCGCAUAUGAUCGAAAGCGGGGCGCUGCAAGCCGCCUAUGAUGUCAGGAAUACCAUCAGGAGAUAUAUGAUUGCAUUGGAAGAGCGCGAAAUGAAUCUGCUAAGGAUGAUCGACCAUACUCGGCAGACCAAAGGCAGGCUGAUAUUUACCCAACUGGAUUCACUCCGGAUUAUGCUGAGCAGGCUGGCUCGUACCACUGACGUCCUCAACGAGUGCGUUGACAUGCCGAAUCCGUAUGACCUCAUCUCUGUCAACCAGAGGGUAGCCCGUGAAAUCAAACAGGUCCAGACGAUGCGUCUAGAACUAGGGCCUUGCGAAGAAGACGGUAUAAUGUUCCUACCGCCAGACGCUAACUUUAUGAGUGCAAUAUCAUCCCUUGGCAAUAUAACUUCAAGUUCAGCGAUGGUGGCUUCCAGAUUAGCCAGAGCUCAGGCAUUGAAAGAGCAACUCUUCGCGAAUUUCUUUUCUGCCUCCCAAAUGAUGGUGUCACAACCGAUGCAGCUGAUUCCAAGCUUUCCAGGGUAUAAAAACGACGCCAGACACGCAGGUAGACAGAUGGAGCUCGAAAUAAAAGAAACCCUAGACCAAAUGCCACCUCCUGAGCAAUUCCCGCUAUCGUUGCGGAACCGUCCCAUCUACAACGUCAAAGGCUUGGUCACAGUCAAAGACAACGGUCCAAUGCCCUCUUUGACAUUUGGCAGAGAAGGAGAUGGGGACGGUAAGCUCUGCAGGCCUUGGGGGGCGUGCUGUGACAGCAUCGGCAACUUCUACAUCGCUGACAGGAGUAACAACAGAGUACAGGUAUUCAAUCGCAACGGUCAUUUUCUAUUCAAAUUCGGAAGACAAGGAUCAAGAAGAGGUGAAUUUGACAGGCCAGCUGGAAUUGCUAUCAGCCCUCAGGGUCACAUUAUUGUCGCAGAUAAGGACAAUCAUAGAAUACAGGUGUUCAGGUCAGAUGGCCGUUUCCUUUUCACGUUCGGCAGCAAAGGGGGCAGAAGUGGACAAUUCAACUACCCUUGGGACGUGGCCUGCAACUAUAUUGGUCAGAUCGUUGUUUCAGAUACCAGAAACCAUCGUAUUCAGCUAUUCACGCGAGAAGGAAAGUUCAUGUGUAAGUUUGGUUUUGAAUGCGCGAAUACGAUGUGGAAGCACUUCGACUCUCCAAGAGGAGUGUGCUUCACGCCCCAAGGCAGUGUGAUCGUAACUGAUUUCAACAACCAUCGUAUUGUGAUAGUUGACAAUGAGUUACAAAAGGGUCGGUACCUCGGAAUUGAAGGCUCAAACUGCAACGAGUUCCUUAGGCCACAAGGCAUCAUAUGUGACGACGAAGGAAAUAUAGUUGUGGCCGAUUCGAAAAACAACAGGAUACAGGUGUUUCAAAGUGAUGGAAAUUUCUUGUGGAAAGUAGGGCAUUCAGGCACCGGUUAUGGCGAGAUGGAUAGACCAAGCGGCAUCUGCUUGACACCGGACGGCCGAAUUGCAGUUGUUGAUUUCGGCAACCACCGUAUCCAUGUUUAUUGAUGUGUUAAUGUGUUGUUUACUUAUUUCGCAAUUGGCUAGGCCAAUUUUAUACCAAUGUAUACAUAUUUUAAUUAGAUACCUUUUCGUAUAUAAGUCUAUAACUACGGGUGGACAUAAAACCAUAUAGUUAUGUCAAACUCGGUCAAUUUUUUAGCUGGUAAUGUGCCGCUUCUUGGUAGGUGUUCCUAGGAAUGUUCGAUCAGUAGUCAUUAAGAAAUCACCGUCGUCCAAGAGAAAACCUGUUAUAGCUCUCAGGAUAUAGAUAUUUUUAGGUGGCUACAGACCCAACUGCAAGCUUGUCCAGCAUGCUUUUUUAAUUUUUUUGUACAAGUAUGCACUAUUUGCCUUUGGCACUACACGUACAAGCAUGCUUGAUAAAAGUGGAGGUAGUUUAAUAAAAUAUGUCGAGCUAGGACAGCGAUGGCUGCUUGUGUUCUUGUGAAGAAAAGAAAAUCCCGAAUAAAAAAGCGUGCGGUGUGGUGUUGAGAAUGGUUGAUGAAAAGAAAAACCUAUUCUCACAUUAACUUACUAAGCGAGCUGAAAAUAUAUCCGCGUGACUGGCACAAUUAUCUUGGAAUGGACGAAUAGACGUAUUUAAGUCUUUAGACUCUUGUAUCAUCUUUGAUUCAAAAGCAGGAUAUGAUCAUCAAAGGACGCCAACUUGUGCAAGCUUGAGAAUAUUGGGUACACACGUACCGU